AUGGGCAACUUUAUCCUCUUCCUGUUGUUGUGUCUAUAUUUGUUGAUUGCCAGGGAACUUUGUUUGGGUGAUGAACUUCCAGGCGGUGUGAAAUGCAUUGACGAAGAGAGACGAGUGCUUCUCACCUUCAAACACCAUCUUACUGAUCCUUCCGGCAGGCUUUCUUCUUGGUCAGGCCGCAAUUGCUGUCAAUGGAAUGGUCUUUCAUGUGACAACCGCACCGGCCAUGUUGUAAAGAUGGACCUCCGAAAUCUAUAUCCGCACACAGUUUAUGAUGUCGAGUGGGAUUUCAGGGACUACCAACAGUCUUGCUUGUUGGGUAAGAUACAUCCUUCUUUGCUUAGCUUAAAGCAUUUAUCAUACUUAGACCUAAGCUGGAAUGAUUUUCAAGGGAUUCACAUUCCCAACUUCUUAGGACAGCUUACAAGUUUAAGGUAUCUUAAUCUCUCCUAUGCUGCAUUUUUCGGAGAAAUUCCCCAUUUUCUUGGUAACCUCUCAAACUUGAAUUACCUUUCCCUUGACUAUAGCCGUAGAGGUAACAACAUUGGCAUUGGCCCUUCUUCCAAAAGCUUGAAUUGGCUUUCUCAUCUCUCUUCCCUGAAGUAUCUAAAUCUGGGAGGAGUUAACCUUCGCACGGCAGGAGUGAGUUGGUUGCAUUCUGUUAACAUGCUGCCCUCACUGUUAGAGCUGCACUUAUCUAAAUGUGGCUUUCAUUCAAAUCAGCUUCCACUAUCUUUUCCAACUGUUAACUUCACAUCCCUUUCUGUCCUUGAUAUGUCUCAUAAUUUUUUCAACUCUUCCAUUCCCAUUUGGUUUUCUAGCCUAACAAAUCUGAGGUCGCUUGAUCUAAACAGCAAUUCUUUCACUGGUCCCAUACCCAAUGACUUUGCUAGCUUCAAAAAUCUUGAGCACUUCGAUUUAUCUACGAAUCAACUUGAUGGCCAAAUUCCCAAACUCAUUGGGAACUUUUGUACCUUAAAGACAUUAAAUCUUGCUGAAAACCUGUUUGAAAAGAAAGGUAUACGAGAUGUUUUGAAUGGUCUCACAAACUGUUUGAAUACAAGAUUAGAGUCACUAGAUUUGUCUUUCAAUACGCUGCAAAGCGAGUUGCCUGCCUCCAUAGGGAAGUUGCACAAUCUGCAAUACCUCAACUUAGACGAAAACUCAUUUGUGGGAUCAAUUCCAGAAUCUAUCGGAAACUUAUCAUCCUUGAAAACACUGAUCCUCUCUGCAAAUCGUAUGAAUGGAUCCAUUCCUGAAAGUUUAGGACAGCUUUCUCAGCUAGUUCACUUAGACCUGCUUCAAAACUUUUGGGAAGGCAUCUUAACAGAAUCCCAUUCCAUAAGUCUCACAAAAUUAGAAUAUUUUGCAUUAAGCACAGACGGGCCUAUGCCUCUCAUUUUCAAUGUGACUUUCGACUUUGUUCCUCCAUUUAAGCUCGAUGUUAUUUACAUUACGAAUUGUCUACUCGGUGAUGCAUUUCCCGUCUGGCUUCAAUCACAAACUGAACUGUCAGAUGUCACCCUUAGAGGUACUGGAAUAUCUCGCAUACCAGAGGAAUGGUUGUUGAAGAUAUCAUCCCACGUUGAGUUUUUGGAUUUGUCCAGCAAUCAAAUUCAAGGAAAGCUUCCAUUUCAAUCCUUGUUUCCAAAAUUGUCCAGAUUAGAUUUGAGUCGCAAUCAAAUUUUCAAGUCUAUUCCCUUGAAUUUCGGACGGCUAAUGCCGAAUCUAGAAACGUUGUUCCUGUUUGACAAUCAUUUGAAUGGUACCAUUCCACCCUCUAUUUGUGACAUGAAGAAUAUGUGGAUGCUUUCUCUAAGAAACAAUCAGCUAUCUGGAGAGUUCCCUCGAGCAUGGAGUUUGUGGAGCGAUAUCAUAGUUGUGGAUGUGUCAAGAAACAAUCUCUCUGGUAAUUUUCCGAGUUCAAUGGGUAUCCCAAGAAGUCUUGAAGUAUUGAAAAUGAACAACAAUAAUUUCAGCGGCAACAUUCCUUCUUCCUUGCAAUAUUGCUCCGAGUUGAGUAGAAUUGAUCUAGGAAGCAACAAUUUUUCUGGAAAUCUGCCUUCAUGGAUAGGAUCACUGGUCUCAAUGGUUAUGCUACAAUUGCGCUCAAACUCUUUGAGUGGUCACAUUCCCCAUCACCUAUGCAAUCUUCUCGAUCUCCAUGUCCUGGACCUUGCUUGCAACAACUUUUCAGGUACCAUUCCGAAGUGUUUAUAUAAUAUGUCUGCUUUGCGUGGUGAAGAUCCCUUUGGUUGGGGUAUCUUAGAUUAUGCUGAGCAGACAAUAAUAAUGACAAAAGGAAGAGAACUCGAAUAUGGUAUGUUAAAUAAUGGAGAUUUGGUGAAGAUUAUUGAUCUUUCUUCAAAUAAUUUGGAAGGUGAAAUUCCUCAAGAAAUAUGCAGUCUCAUCGAGAUGGGCACCUUGAACUUGUCGAGGAAUCAUUUAUGUGGGAAGAUUCCGUCCAACAUUGGAAACUUGAGUUUGCUGGAAACACUUGAUCUCUCACACAAUCACCUUUCUGGAGAGAUUCCUCUGAGCUUGUCUUCCUUGUGCUCCUUGUCUUACUUGGACUUGUCUUAUAACAACUUUAAUGGAAGAAUUCCUUCAGGAAGUCAGCUCCAGACACUAGACAAUUCAUCCUAUGAGGGCAAUCCAUCAUUGUGUGGCUUUCCUCUUUCAACCAAGUGCCCCGGAGAUGAUAAACCUACUAGCAGUGGAAACCUUCCUGUAGAAGAUAAUGAUGAAGAUGACAAUGGAAAGCUUGGUCUCUACGUUAGCGUUGUGCUUGGCUUUAUCAUAGGCUUCUGGGGUGUAUGUGGCACACUACUCGUGAAGAAAUCGUGGAGGUAUGCCUAUUUUUGCUUCUUUGACAACAUCAAAGAAAAGAUAAUGCUGGCAGUUGCAGUGAAAGUAACUCGUCACUGA